AAUGAUUUUGUCCUCGUAUUCAUGACAAAAAGUCAAAACGAAAUAUUUAAAAAAUAUUGUCAAGAUGUUGUUUGUGUUGAUGGGACCCAUGGGGUAAACUCUUACAAUUUUCAACUGUACACCCUUUUAGUUUUGGAUGAUACAAGGGAAGGCAUGCCAGUAGGCUUCAUGAUUUCAAAUAGGCAGGAUGAAGAUGUCAUGAAAAUAUUCUUCAACGAAAUAAAAAAAUCAACGGGAGAAGUUAAAACCCGUGUCUUCAUGUCCGACAUGGAUAACACCUUUUUCAAUGCAUGGAAGAAGACAAUGGACAUAAGUACAAAGCACCUGUAUUGUACAUGGCAUGUGCUACGGGCUUGGAGGAAAAAUGUCCACUCCAAAGUCAAGGGGAAAGUGCAGAAAGAAAUUGUAUACAAGCAACUUCAAACAUUGUUGUGCGAACUUGACCAAACUGCUUUUAAAAAAAUGCUGAGUAAAGCAGUCAAUGAAUGGCUUUCAAAAGAAGAAACAAAAGAGUUUGCAAAAUAUUUCAACUCUUAUUACCUACAGGAAGGUGAAUUCCAGAAGUGGGCCUAUUGUCAAAGGAUUCAUUUUGGGAUUAACACCAACAUGGCUUUGGAAAAUUUUAAUAAAUUACUGAAGUAUUGUUAUUUGCGAGGUAAAAGAGUCAAACGCCUCGACAAAACUCUUUGCGCUAUACUCAGGCUCAUAAAUGACAAACUUUUUGACAUUUUAAUCAAAAGUUUUAAGGGGAAAGUAGUGUCCAAGUUGAAAAUACUGAGGAAGCGCCAUGCAGAAAGUCUCAAGUUGUCCCCAGAAAUUGUGUUUCCCCAGUCUUGUACAGAGUGGCAAGUAUUGUCCAGUGGCACAACUGAAUUUUAUACGGUCACCAAAAUCAAGUCAAAUUGUGAUAGGUGUUCUUUGCGGUGUUUCCACUGUAAUUCUUGUUUUCACGAAUAUCAAUGCUCAUGCAUUGAUAACGGAAUAAAAAACAACAUGUGUAAACACAUUCAUUUGGUUGCUAAAAGUGUUAAAAGUAAUCCUCCAGCAAGUACAAAAGAUUGGACUGCUGAUGCGUUGGAGCUUUCACUUGUUCAAGGAUUGAGCAAGCCAAAACAAGAUGAUAAUAUAUCUGAAGCUAAAGAAGCUUUCAUUGCUGAUUUAAUUUCAACUUUAAGGAAUGGCAUCACCAACACUAAUCAGCUAACAGCCGUAAAGAAUCACUGCAAAUCGAUCGGACCAAUGUUAAAGUCAAUGGAAGAAAGAUCACUGCAGCCACCAAUUGUGAUAGAAGACAGAACCCCAGUCAAUAUGAAUAUUACCAAACAAAGGAAAUUCAUUUUUGUCAAACGGCAAAACACGAAGAAGAAGCCUUUGCAAGGGACAUCACAGGCUGAUAGAAAUGAACUUGCUUUUCAGCUUCUAAAAGGAAGCGGAGACACAAAAAAGGUUUCACAUGUUAAUGCAGAUCAGCCUAGUGUCCACCACAGCUCCACAGCACCAGAAUAAUAAUGCAGCUUGAAGACAGUUAAACACAUUGUUCCUAAAUUUCGAUUGGCAUUUUUCCAGAUUUAUGUAUAAUUUACAAAUUUGUCAACUGUGAUACGCUAUCAGAGCUAUACGUUAUAGCAUGGCAGGACAUUACUUAAAUAAG